AUGGCCGACAAGAGCAGCCUCAAACAGGCGGACGCCGAGUCAAAGGACUCCGGCGAGGUUCUUGACCGUACGACGUCCAUCACCGCUGAUGCAGAGGGCAAUACUGUGAUUACGAGUCAGGAUGGCGAGACCUUCACCAUCGACCACAAAGCUGAGCGAGCGUUGGUGUGGAAGUUCGACCUACGCAUCCUGCCCCUACUUGCGUUGAUGUAUUUGUUCAAUGCGCUCGACAAGGGAAAUCUCGGGAAUGCCGCAACGGCCGGCCUACUGGAAGAUCUCGGCAUGGUGGGCAACAACAAGUACAACAUCCUGCUAUCGAUCUUCUUCAUCCCAUACGUACUGUCGGCGCCCUUCCUCGGUAUGCUAGGCAAGAUAUACGGGCCCAGUAGGAUGUUGCCAAUCAUGAUGUUCACCUUUGGCUCGAUGACCCUUCUCACAGCCGCCACCUUCAACUGGGGAGGUCUGGUUGCGCUGCGGUGGUUCCUUGGGAUGGCGGAGAGUGCCUUUUUUCCCUUGGUAAUCUACUACCAGACGUCUUUCUACCGACGAGGGGAACUGGCGCGGAGGCUGGCUAUCUUCUACGCUGCAUCUAAUAUUGCCUACGCUUUUGGAGGACUACUGGCCUUUGGAGUCUUCCAUAUCGAAGGCGGUGCUCUGGCCAGCUGGAAGUACCUGUUCCUCCUCGAGGGCUCGCUCUCCGUCAUCUUCGCGGUCAUCGCCUUCAUCUUCCUACCCUACUCAGCAGCACACGCCCGCUUCCUAAACGAGGACGAGAAGAAACUCGCUUUCUACCGCAUCCAAGUCGACAGCUCGGCCAUCGUCAACGAGAAGUUCAAUCUCCGGGAAGCCUCUCGCAUCCUGCUUCAGCCCACCUCAUGGGUCAUCCUCUGCAUAGAGAUAUGCCUUGGCGUACCGCUGCAGGGCGUAUCGCUCUUCCUCCCACAGAUCGUAGCUCGCCUGGGCUACAGUACGGUACAGACGAACCUCCACACUGUUGCACCUAAUAUCACUGGGGCGGUGAUGCUACUCCUCCUGGCUUUUGCGUCGGACUACACAAGAUGGCGCUUCCCGUUCGUCGCGCUUGGGUUCUUCUUUACUUUCAUGGGCUUCAUCAUAUACGCUUCCAUUGAUGUUGUGACGAACCUGAAGGUGGCGUACUUUGCUUGCUUCAUGAUGACUUGGGGCACGAGUGCGCCGUCUGUGCUGCUGGAUGUGUGGUACAAUAACAACAUCGCCGACGAAAACCGCCGCCUCCUCCUAACAUCCAUCGGCGUGCCGGUAGCGAACGUAAUGGGUCUCGUCCCAUCGAACAUCUUCCGCGAUCAGGAUGCUCCAGACUACAUUCCUGCUCUCGCAACUACCGCAGCUUUCGGAGCCGUAGGGAUUGUGCUGACGUUGAGCUUGGGCAUGUACAUGAUAUUCGACAAUAAGCGCCGGGACAGGAAGCAGGGCAAGCGGAUGCGAGCGAGAGAUGUGCCGACUGAGAUAUUGAGGGAUGGGCCUAAGUGUGCGGAUUUUAGAUGGUACUACUGA